AUGGAUCAUAAUGACCCUGAAGAGGACCCAACAUCAGACUACGGAGAUUCUUUAGCUACCUCUGAAUUUACAUCGGUCAACACGAGGGAACUCUAUUCGUACGAGCACGGAAGGCGGUAUCAAGGCUUUCUGCGUGGUCGUUAUGGCUUGCCGAAUGAUGAUGCUGAGCAGGUUCGUGAAGGUCUGAAGCACAAGCUGUAUCUGGAUUACCUGAUGGAUGGUAAGCUAUUCCUGGCACCAAUCGGGGAUAAUCCACAAAAGAUUGUUGAUCUCGGUACCGGUGUUGGCAUGUGGGCACAAGAUGUCGCAGAAAACUUCCCCAGCGCGCGUGUCAUUGGAACGGACCUAUCGCCCAUCCAACCGCAUUGGACUCCUCCAAAUGUUGAGUUUCGGGUAGAAGAUCUAGAGGACGAAAACCGCCCUUGGACAAGCAUUUACGCCAAUGCAGACUUAAUUCAUGUUAGGGCCUUGUUGCAAACUUUGCGGAAACCAAGGCAGCUGUUAGAAAGAGCCUUUGAGAAACUGAGACCAGGCGCCUGGAUUGAGAUACACGAGAUUGUACCGUUUGUGUUUUCUGUUGACGACACUGCUGGGGAUGACCAUCCCAUGAACAAAUUCUACCGACUCGUAGAGGGACCUUUUACUGCACUGUAUGGUUGGAAUCUGCGGUUUCCUUUUCAGAUCGCCGAGACACUGGAAGCUGUUGGUUUUGUCAAUGUCAAUGAGCGACACUCAUACACCCCUGUCGGGCGAUGGCACCAAGAAGCCAAAAUGCGAGAGAUGGGUAUAUUCACUCAGAGUAUCCUCGAAGAAUGGGUGACGGCCAUGCUGGGUCGCCCAGAUAUCAUGGGACUCACAGAGGAGGAGGCAUAUGAGCUUGGGCACAGCGUUUUCGAAGCCCUCAACAAUACGCGCAUCCACGCACAACUUGACUGGGUUGAUUGUUGGGCACAGAAGCCACUGUGA